AUCGAUUCUUGUUUGAUGUUUUGUAAACCCGUACGCUUCUGGUCAGGUGCGCUGAAGAUGAAAAUCAAAAUGAUGAAUUUGGAAUUCUCCGCUAAUUUGAAGAGCCCUCCUGCUUUAACUCGUUGAAAACCGACGAGCAGCGGGCCGAUGGCCGAGCCCGACACCAGUCCCGAGGUGUCGCCUUCUCACCUCGCGGAUGCGCCCCCCGUCCCAGACGAGCUCACCGAAAAAGCAGUUGGCGCCCCGGAAGAUGCUAGUACUGUCCCCGCCGCCGCAAACGCCGCGGGUGCCGAGCCCCCGGCGGACAAGGAAGGCGACGAAAACAAAAAUCCUGCCCGGCCAGACAGUCGGGGCUCGCAGGGCGGCGCGGGCUCGUCACAUCAUUCGGACGAAGAAGAGGACGAACCAGGAGAGGAUGCCGUGCCGCAGCGCCGGGCGGUGGACUACUGGGUGUUUUCGCCCCCGGGUCCACGAAUGAAAAUGGAUGUGGAGUUGGAAAAUGUGGAAGUGGGCUACGAGCACGAAAACUUCGAGCGGCACGACCGACGGGGCGUCGGGGUUUCGAAUCGCGCCCUGACCCUCGCGAACGCAUUGAAAUACAUCUGCAAACGCUUACACCUGCUCGACUCCGUCUCCGAGGACGUGGAGGUGUUGAUGCGGCCGAAGUUCCCCAAGCCGGACAAAUUGCAGCUGAUGCAGGCGCGGACGCUGCUACCCGAAUACCUGUUGGAACGCGUGAACAGCAAGGAAAUCAGCUUCAAUGAGGUGUUGGAAAACACGAAACCACGGUUGCUGCUGGACCAGGUGUUCGACAGUCUGGACCGACAGCUGAACCGCGAAUGCGUGUGCCGACACCUGAUCGAGUGCGUCAGCUGCUUCCUCCCUUUAGAAAAUGAUCCGGACAACGUGAAUCCGAAGGCCAUCAAGCACAACAUGGAAGCGCUGCGCCGCGGGGAUAUGGACCCCGGGUACGACCCGAUUGCCGAGGAGAAGGAGGCGUUCAUGAAGAAAGAGCUGGAGAGGCGCGCUUUUGUCGAGGCGAAGAAGAAGCGCGAGGAGGAGAAGCGCAAGGCGGAGGCCGAGGCGCGGAAAAAGACGAAGAGCCAGCAGAAAGCGAGUUCGCCGGGGGCGGCCAAGGCGAAAUCCGGGAAGAAAGCGAAGGCCGGGGCGAAAGCUGCGGCGAAGGCUAAUAACAGUAACGCGGGGUUGACGGCGGAAGAAAAGGAAAAGAAAAAGCAGGAGGAGGAGCGGAAAGCCGCCGAGGAGGCAGAGAGGAAAAGGUUGGAAAAAGAAAGAGAGGAGGAGGAGAAGCGUCGCGCCGAGGAGGCGCGGAUCGCGAAGGAGAAGGCCGACUGGGAGGCUUUUAACCGGCCAAAUCGCUUUCACGAAGAGAUGAAGAAACACCCGGACUACAACACGCUGAUCCAGACGCGCAUCCUGCCCAUGUGGCGCAGCAUGAAGGAGCCGGACACGGCGUUGACGCUGUGCAAACUGUGCGCGCUGUUGCACAAAAUCGACAACAAGGUUGUCCUGCGCUACCUUCUGCAGUGCCCCCGGUCUUCCUACGCCUGGCUCGGGCUCGCGAAAAGCACCAUCUGGCUGCCGGAGGCACUGGAACUCGCCUGCGAAACGCUGAAGAAGGGCGCGGGCCAGAAACCAAGUCUGGACCGUGCGGUGGGCUUUUUCGUCGGUCGGCACAUUGCCCGGUGUGGAUCUAUCUCGAUGUCGUCUUCUCCGGACGACACGGGAAGCAGUCUGAUCCCGCUACCACUGUCCCGCAACCUGUGCCAGGCCCUGCUGUUCGCGUUAGCGCAGAACAUGAAGAAAUUGUACUUGAAGGGGACAACAAUCGCGAUGAAAGAACAGGAGGAAAAUCCAACUGCGAAUCAUGCAGGUGGCGCAGCAGCAGCAGCUGCAGCGGUUGACAAUGAUCCAGAUGCAGCUUCAUUUCCUGACCGUAUCGCUGGUGCGGAAGUUCUGGUCACAGAAACUGAGGAGCAAUUCCAACAGCAAGAAGAAGUACCAUCCACGGCGACUCGAGUUCAUCUUCCACUGCCACCCCUGGAAAAUCUCAGAACGAUUUCCCGCGAGGAGAGAAAAGCGCAAGAGGCGGAGCGCAAGAAGGAGAAAGAGGAAACCGCGACCAUUCAAACGUACUGCUGCGCGCUCUUCUAUGGAAGUGUCAGGAUUGAAAUCGUCAAAGUUGAAAUAGUUUGUGAUGCAUAAAGUGCAACCCACAAAAUGCCUGUCUUGCAGAGUAGGCAAGGGAGGCCGAUUGUGAGCCUGUUUAGGGUUUGAAAUAGAGCUGCUAAAGUAGAAGUAGAAUGACAAAAGCAGUGUUCUGUUCCCAAACAGCAUGACAAAUUGGAUUCCGGUGCUCGGAAAAUUUGUCAUGCGCCGCUUGAUAAGUGGGCUUUCGACUGGUAUCGCUUUUAUGCAUGACAGACUAUUUCAACUUUGACGAUUUCAAUCCUGACACUCCCAUAUCUUCCUGCUCCUGAGGCAAAGCGUCUUCGACGACUACAACGACUUGCAGACCACGGGGGACUAAGCACUGCAAAAGUAUCGUACCCGUAUAAAUGCAGCAUGACAGAUCUACUCAUUGUCAUUUUACCUGAAUGUGAAUCUGCAUCACUCUUUUUUUUGGGAAAUUUUUUCAUGCCCUUUUCUAUUAAUACGAUACGUACUUUUGCAGUGCAUAGGGAUUUUGUGCGCGAAGAGCAGUUUGUUCGGGAUCAGAUCAUCAAGAACGCGACCAGGAAACUGGAGCUGAUGCCCACGCCUCCCGACGGUGCGGCCGCGGCGGUCUCCACCCCGCAGCCCAAAACGCCGCAAGAGAAGAAAACCAAAGCGGCGUCCCCAAAGCGAGGCUCCCCGAAAAAGACGGCAGGAAAGAAAAAAGACGACGGAAAACUACCGCCUUUACCGAAAGGGCAAGCCUGGGUGGAGCGGCGACACAAGCCGAGGCUGUGUCGGAUUCACUCCCUGCUGGACAUCUGCAUGGCGCACCACGCGGCGGCACUGCUGGUCCCGUUUUUAGACGCAAACGCGGGGAUUUAUGGGAGUGUCAGGAUCGAAAUCGACAAAAUCGAAAAACUUGUGAUGCAGAAAAUGUAGGACACUGAAGGCCUGUAUUGGGGAGCAGGCAAAUGAGAUAGCUUGUAAGCCUGUUUAGGGUAAGACGCUGUGCUGUCAGAGUAGCACGACAGGAGCAGUCUUCUUUGCCGUAACAGCAUGACAAACUGGAUUUUGGUGCUCUCGAAAUUUGUCAUGCGCCACUUGGAAACUGAGGCUCCAACUGGUAUCGAUUUUAUGCAUCACAAAUCAUUUCGAUUUUGUCAAUUUCGAUUCUGACACUUCCAUAGGAUUCCGGUCUUGCUCUGCGCGAUGCUGGAGGAGGCGACCAUCGAUUUGCAGACCCACGUCUUGUCCUUCGUAUCAAAUGUAAAAAUGUCUGGGUCUGGAAACUUGUGAUGCUGGGUGGCGUCUCAUGAUGAGGCUACAAAUGCUGGCUCAGCAUGACAAGUUUCUGAGCUCCUAGGUGUUGCCUAUUCUGCAUGACAAACUGCGCUUCUGCAUCACAGAAAAACGGAGCGCUUGGGUAACGUGCAUGACAGAUUUAAGAAUCAUGCCAGACAAGCAUGACAAACAUAAAUUCUUCCAGACCCAGACAUUUUCACAUUUGAUACUUCGGGUUGCUCAACAAAAUCAUUGACAGCUUCGAACAAAACCCGGGCCGAGGGCUGUUGCUCUCCGCGCUGUGCCGGCUCACCGCCGCCAUCGUGGUCCAGGAUAGAAGGAAGGACGUUUACCGCAGCUGCACCCGGUUCAAAAAGCGAAUUUCUUUAUUGAUCUUCGACGCGAUGGAGAAGUACGCACACGAAUUGAAGGCGCUCGCCUUGUUCGGGCUGCUUGCCUUGGCUUCACUCUUCGACAACGCGAAAAUUUGCUUUCAGGCCGCAGCCUACGUCAUGCGCUUGUACCCCGACGACAAAGCUCUCCAACUCGCCAGCUGGGCGUGCCUGUUGAACGCGUCCGAUUACAUCUACCGGGUCUACCGCACGACGAAAAACAUCAACAGCAUGCACAUCCAAAAGCGGUUUUUGGACGAGAAUACUUUCGAUGCUGGUGAUCCGCAGCACGGGGACACGAACGUGAAUCCAGAAGACGGAGCCGAAACGAUAACCACGCAGCGGCAGGAUGUGACCUUUGAGGACGACGAGCCCGCGCAGCCGACGCUUUUGUUCGACGAAGAUGGGAACCCAUUGGAAGCAACGGUUGCCGUAGCCGAUCUUACCUCCGGUGUCGACAUCGCGCCGGCCACACCGCUCGCGGACCCGGCGGGGGAGGUGGGAGGUGGUGUUACCUCGGACAACAACCCGCAGGAGGCCAGUAUGGCGUUCUCAAAUGUUACAUUCUCAACUGUUACAUGAUUUGUAAUGCAAAAUCACAAUCAGAAUCGACACGAUCAAGCUGCUUCGCAUGACAAAUUCUCGAAGAGCCAAACAGGCUGAGAAUCUUUGCUAGAUCUGUCAUGCAAGACGCGCAAGGUGACCCCUUUCACUUUUGCCAUUCUUGCAUCACAAAUCCAUGUAACAGUUGAGAAUGUAACAGUUGAGAACGCCAUAGCCAACAGCGACGAGAACGCGGCGACUUCGAGCUCCUCGAAAGCCCAGAAGAGCGGGAAGGCGGUGUCUUUCGUAGAGGGGGAAGUAGUAUGCAUUGCAAAUAUGUGUGGGUCUGGAAACAUGUAAACUUCUGAUGCGCAUUUGAGACCAGAAAAAAAUCUGUCAUGUAUGGACCGCAAAAGUUGCUCAUUUCUUGUCACCCAAAAAGGGAACUUGUCAUGCGGAUUAGGCAUCGCCUAACCUGCUCAAAACCUGUGUUGCUAGGACUUGCAUGCCGGACCUUCUGUGUCAUGCACAAACAGCAUCACACUCUUCCAGACCCAGACAUAUUUGCACUUGAUAAGUAGAGACGGUAACGUCGUUUGAUCCGGUCUCCACGGGGGAGGGGUUUGGCGACUCCGAAGCGAAAAAAGACGCGACCUCGACGCAAAAGGCUGUGUUGGAAGAGAGGGCCAGUUCUGGGCAGCCGGAUGGGCCGGCGGAAACGGUGCUUACCAGCUCACCAACGGAACUAGGUGGGGAAGACGCGGCGUCUUCGUCCGCGAUGCCGGGUAUGCGGUCAAGCUCCAAAGAUAGUGGUAAUAGCAACGUUCUUGAGGGGGGCACGGCUCCGGGUUCGUCGCUCGCCGACGCGACUGGCGACCCGGAAUCGUCCGACGCCGGAAUGAAGACGAAUUUGGACCCGCUGCCAGGCAGCGGCAGUGAGACGGCCAGCCCGGAAGAGUCGUUUGCGCAGACCGGGGCGUCGAGCGAGAAAGUGCAACCAGAACGCCCGUACGAAAUCAUUGACACCGAGGAGGAACGGGUUGAGGCCGAGCACUACGGAAUCAUCCUGGAAAUGUCCAAAUGCAUACUGGUAAAGGACUGAAUGACAGUCAAUGCGUGGUUUUUGUUUUUUCCCUGUUUCUGUUGGGCCCGGCAACGAAUCGGAAUUCUUUACUCGAUGCACGUGUAGUGUUUCUGUAUCCACUCCCAUUUUAACAACAGAAAUGGCUCCAGAAGGACGAUCCUCAUUACAUCGAGGAAGAGAAGAUACGCAGCGAGCUCAUGUGCGCGCAGCACGAACAAGAUUGCGAUAUUAUGGCGCUCAUGAGGGAGUUCAAGCGGCUAGAGCAGGUACUACUAGGAUUUUUCUAGUUUCACUUGAAGAUAAAACCGGGCAUUUUCCUCGCAGAGUGUUGCUGAUACACGUGCGCCAGGAUGUAAAUGUAUCAAGUUUGAAUUUUGAAUGCAACACCCGAAUUUUUUUCACAGCUUCGCGAGGAGCUGCAAAUAAAUCGUGCGAAGCAGUGGAACCCUCCGAAAGUCAAGCACAAAACGCUAGAAGAGGAAUACCUGGCGCGUCUAGAGGUCGUUUUCGGGGAACAGGCCGAGACGGCGCGGGGUAAGAGGGAAAUAACUGCGCUCUUGCGGCGGUGGCCACCGAAUAAGUACCACGUGAUGUAUCUCGAGCAGUGUCAGGUGCACAACGUCCCCGAGACCGAGAUAUCGAAGAAAAAAAGUGUGUAAGUGUAACUUUCUUUGAGAAACAGCAUCACAAAUUUGCCUUACAUGACAGAGAAAACCUGUCAUGCGUGGCCUGUAAGGGAAAACACACAUGAAAAGAGCACUUCAUGGCUGUCUGGCAUGACAGGCGCAACUCUGUUGCAUGUUCUGCAACACAAAUUUACACUUACACAGUUUUUUUCUUGCAUACGAGAUCGAACCCGAGUACAAGAUGCCGCCCCCGCCGCUGCCGCAGUACGAGCGCCCGAUCCCCAAAAUCCGGACGGUGCAGUGGGAAUACCGAAAGAGAAUGAUCGAUCUGUACACGCGGAAAGGGCAUUUGGUGAGGGCAGAAAACAUCGAUAUCGAAAUGCUGGAGUACAGAGGUAUAGAGUUUACUCUUGUCUUUACGCAGCACGUUGUACUUCUGUCCCGUUUGUAGCUAGUCGCAAAUUAGUAUGAGCUUCAUACCUGCGACUUCAUUUUCGUCUGCUUUUCAUCUCCAUCCUGUGACCACCCACUACAGGUAAGGAGCACCUCCUGUACCAGCGGCGCUGCAAGGAGUUCGAAGAGCACCCUCUCCCGGUCUACACGCUGAAGGGCGCCGCGCUGGAGGACGCGAAACCCGAGCCGUUGCUGCUGGUGGACGACGUGGAGAUCCAGUUUCUCGCGCUCUCCGUGAUGGAACUCCUCGUCACCAGCACCAACCGGCACGACAUCUCCGUGGAACUCCGGCGGAUCGGGGAACGGGGUCUGGAUCACCCGGUCGUCCUGAUCGACAUCGCGUCGCGGUCCUUUCUCCAGGUGUUCAACGAGGCCCAGGCGCGGCUCGAUGCGGAGGAGAAGAAGCGGAAGCACCUGGAGCAGGUCGAGCACUACAUCGUGGUGAUACAGAGGCUACGGGAGGAGUACCAGGAUGUGGACGAAAAGCCGCCGGACGAGGAGGACGACAGCAAGAUCCGAAAGCUCUUCAAAAACUGCCCGGAGGGGGAAGCGCGGAACGUCUUUGUAGAAGAGUGCAAGAAGUUUGACAUCGAUCCGGACGACUUUGAAGAGGCGCUGGAGGAGGAGAACGAUAUCCUGAGUAAAAACGUACCCACACCAUAGUCAAGAUGGGGAAUCGGCUAGACAAAUCCACAAGUUUUGGCUGUUUUGCAUGACAAAUUUGGAUUCGUAGUGUAGUGCUGUUUGAGCUAGCUCAGCAGCAUCACAGAUCUAGCAUACCAUGCUGAUUGGAGCAUGGCAAAUUGCAAAACACGACUAGAAAAUGCUUCUCAUGGGGCUCCGCAUGAGAAACAUUCUCAGCAUGCAGAUUUGCAUUACAACUCUGGUGUGGGUACGUUUUUACUCAGGAUAAACGAAGAUUCGAGUUCGGAGGAAGACGAGGAGGAGGGCGAGGAUGGGGCCGGCGGUAUCCUGAGUAAAAACGUACCCACA